AUGUCCUCAUCUCUUUCAUCCUAUGUCUUUGACGACCAAAACAUGACUUGGAUUACUUGUGACCUGUGCUCCGGCUCUUUCCAGCGCGGAGGUGAAUCAUGCCAGGGCUGCUAUGGAACCAAACUUCGCAGAGUCUCCUAUAGCUAUCUCGCUAAUGGAACAUCGGCUCCUCAGGUUCAAGGGGGUGCUGCUCCCCCACCACCUCCUCCUUCAAAGGAUGGCAAGCCUGACCAUUCUCGCGGAAGCUCUGGUGGCUUCAGUGUUUAUGGCCGCCGCUCCUAA